AAAUCACAGCACCCGAACUAGUAUGGGACGGACCGGAUGGGAUACAGGGAUACGUUCCGCUCCUACAAGAAACUACUGACGAUGUUCGACCGCCAAUCGGUGAACUGGAUGGCGCGCGAGGGAGAAGGGAGCUAAGGUUCGUAGCGCUUCGUUCAAAUGGCCGACCCUCAAGCUCUGGUCCACCGAGUUGAGGAAGUAGAUCUCCGACAAGAGGCGGAGGAGGAAGGACUCGGCCCAGUCCAGAGUCACCGGGGCUAAAUACUCGUACCGGGCUUCUCGCCUCGCCUCGCCUAGUUGCAGCCCGAACCCUGCAGCAAGAUCGCCGAUCCCGCCAUUGACUGCAUCUUCCGCCCCCUCCGGCGCCGCGACACCCAGCGCCCUGCUUCGCCUGGCUCUGUCCAAAUCUACUCCGAUGCUGCAUCACAGAAGCUACCUAGAGUGGUCGGAGAUCAGCAGGAACAGCAAACCGUGACCCUAUCCUUAGGUUUGUUUUUCUUUAUACUUGGAAAGUCUUGAUUUUUUGCUUCGCUCUAGUCGGUGCGUAGUCGAUUGAAUUAUUUGGGUACUCCGCAUCUUUUUUGUGCAACGUCGACCUCGUAAGUUGGAUAAGUUGUUAUUUAUGUUCUUGGCAUGUUUCUAGUUGGAGUAGAAAGAAGGAUUCAGACGAAGAUAUCUUCCGAAUCAUAGUCAAUAAUAUUCACAAUGAGUAUUGUGUUUUCUUUCUAAGUGAAUUUUUUGGUGGAUGCUUGUGAUUUUGUAAUUUGGAGAUUGGGUAGAUUGUGUGGGAAGAAGACUUUAAGGAUUAAAUUAAAUUUUUAAAGUUGCUUAGGUUUCCUAAAAUAUGCAGUGAGUUUUUAAAGUAUAUUUUUAGAAUCUACCUUAGUAGCAUGUGUUCAAUUUUUUACCUAGGAGACAAAUGUCUUCAGAUCAUCACUCUCGCUACUAAGUUCUUCAUUCUUAGUCACUUUGUUUUCAAUAGCUAUGAUUAUUUGAGUCGGAUACUGCUAAUGCUCUUACUACGGGAAAUAUCACUAUGAACACAAGUAGGAGCUUGAUCAAAAUAUCAAGCUACUAUGUCUGGUUCCAUGAGGAUUUGGAACUCCAUGGGCGAAUGAAAGCUCUUGGUAAUCUCAUCGAACAAUAUGCACCUAAUUUCAUAUGUUUCCAGGUCUGAGCAUCUCCUCUAUCCUUGACAGUUCUUGAUUUUAUGGGAAAUUUUGGAUUCUGAAUAUCAAUAUUAUAGGAGGUCACACCAAAUAAUUUUGUGAUUUUCCAAAAAACAAACUGGUUGAAGCACUACAACUGUUCGCUGCCACAACAAAUGGCUGCUUAGCAGCCAUAUUGCUGCAUGCAGGUUUGAGCCAUUGGAUUUCACAAUUUAUACCAUUCUUUCAAUGUUGCAUAAGAUCUUAUAAUGUAUGAUUUGAUUCAGCUAAUUAUUUACCGUGAGAUUGCCGUAGUCUAAUAUUAUGAUCAAAUUUUUCCAUAUAUUAGUGCUAUUGGUAGGUACUUGUUCAAAGAUGUCACUUUAUGCUCAUUUCUGAAAGCUGGUUGUGCAGUUUCUUUGUAUCGCAUGAUUUGCAAUUCUCUCUAGAUUACAAAUUUGAUGCUAAAAUUUAACUACGAUGGCUCCCUUCAUGCUCACUAAAGUUUCAAACAAUUAAGUUUUCUUGUAUGACUAGAUCUUUUCAGUAGGUAGCAUUGAGUGUCAGCACCAAAAGCUGGCAUGGAAUUGAGUGUAUGACUAGAUCUUGUCAUGCUCACUAGCCAAUCUUCCACCCCUCAGGCGCUGCGGCACCAAGCUCCCCUCCCUGCUUGUCUCUGCCAUAGGUUUACAUUUUUCAGGACCUCCUAGGACGGGUAAAACACUUUUUGUAAAGAACCCUCUCAAAGGAGAGUGCAAUGCCUUUUUGUAUUUGCCUCUGGUGUCGAAUUCACUGAUACCCGUUUGCAAGCAACUCAAUCCGCAGGCGCAAGAGAGCUGCUUAGUGAUCCUCACUGUUGCAACAUUAGGAUUAAAAGAUGUUGUUAUGUUUUUGGUUUCAAACUAUGAACAAACCAAGAGGAGGAGGUUGCCAAGGUGCUCAAGCUGGAUGCAUUUUGACUAAGAAUUGUGAAGUAAAUAAUAUAUACAACACUUUUAGAGGCGUUCAAAGACUACUUUCUGUCUGAUGGGAUCAAAUUGAUGCACCGAGAAAAUAUCCAGUAAGCCAGCCAGCGAUUAGAGGUAAUAAUAAGAUGGCCGACGAUUCGCCGAUCGAGCAAGUGCGACUGACAGUUCCUCCGAUGGAUGAUCCGACACUGCAAGUGCUAACUUUUCGCACAUGGCUUGUCGGCAUGCCACUCUGCAUCCUGCAGACGGUGUUGCUCCGAAUUGGCCUUUUCCGGCGGCAGAUGAUUAGCAUAUCAUCCGUUUGUAUCGACAUCAUCCUGCUCAUAGUGGGGAAUCUGUUAGCCAAGGUUCUGCCGGAGAAAUCAGUGAGAAUCCCGGGCACAAGGUGGAGCUUUUCGCUGAAUCCUUGCCCCUUCAAUAUCAAAGAACAUGUCACCACCUCCAUCCUUGUCAACUCAAUUUCGAGUCCCGGCUUUUUAAACAUCAGUAUAGCCAAGAUCUUCUACCAUAGAGAAAUUCAAUUUUGGCCAGCCUUAUUCUUGGUCAUAUCGACUCAGUUCUUGGGGUUUGGAUUUGCCGGUAUGUUCUUAAAAUUUUUAGUGGAUUCACCGUACAUGUGGUGGCCCGGUGUUAUUCCCAGCAUCUCAUUUUACAAAGCAUUACACGAGAAGGAUAAGAGGCCAAAGGGAGAAUUAUCAGUUUUUCAGUUCUUUUUUUUAGUCUCCGUUGCAGCUUUUGCUUACACCAUCAUUCCUUCUUACUUCUUCCCUUCCAUAACGGGCCUCUCCGUUGUGUGCUGGAUAUGGAAGGACUCGAUCACUGCACAGCAAAUUGGCUCUGGGUUUAAUGGGCUCGCCAUCGGAUCACUUUCAUUCGAUUGGUUGACGAUCACGAGCUUCUUAGGGGAUCCUUUGCUUUUUCCUGCAUUUGUGAUACUCAAUAUGUUGGCCGGGUUUAUUAUACUCGCUUACAUCAUUUUACCCUGGUCUUAUUGGAGCAAUGCAUACGAGGCCAGAAAAUUUCCACUCUUCUCGACCAAUAUCUAUGAUUCUACUGGCCACAACUACAACGUCUCUAGAAUUGUAGAUCCAAAUACUCUCUUAUUUGACAGCGAAGCCUACAGUAAUUAUUCAAAAGUGUACUACAGCACAUCGUUGAUUUAUACUAUAGGGUUUAGUCUUGCUCUAUACACGUCAACUAUUUCUCAUAUCGCUCUCUUCUAUGGGAGAUCAGUGUGGCAUCAAUUUAAGAAGGCGUAUAAAGAUGACGAGCAAGAUGUGCAUGCAAGGCUAAUGAAGCAAAACUAUGAAUCUGUUCCUCAGUGGUGGUUUUCCUCCAUAUCGCUUCUGAUGAUCGGAAUGGCAAUUUUGGUGUGUGAAGGAUUUGGAGGUCAAAUUCAACUUCGUUAUUGGGAAGUUCUGUUGGCAUGCGCUUUGGUGCUUCUUUUCCUUCCAUUGGAAUGUGCACUCGAAGCAAUUACUGGUUCGGGAUUUACAUUAGAUUUGUUAUUGGAAGUUAUCAUUGGAUACUUGAAUCCAGGCAAACCUUUAGGCAAUAUGGCUUUCAAAUUAUACGGUUCUGAGGCCCAUCAAAUGGCCGCAGCUGUCAUAGGUAACUUCAAAUUGUCACACUACAUGAAGCUUCCUCCCAAAAUUAUAUUUUUUAUCAUGUUUAUAAGCGCAAUUUGUUCCUGCUUUGUUGAUUUCGGAGUAGCAUGGUGGAUGUUGCACUCGAUAAAGAAUAUUUGUCAACCAGACUUGCUUCCGGAGGGAAGUCCUUGGACAUGUCCUAGUGAGAGAGCAACCUACAUCAGUGGGGUAACAUGGGGGCUUGUCGGACCAAGUAAGAUAUUUUAUCCUCAUGGCAUGUACUCGGCAAUCUUCAUCUUUGCUCUUAUUGGACUCGUGGCACCUAUUCCCUUGUGGUUAUUAUCACACAAAAACCCUGAAAAGAAAUGGAUUACACUCGUCAAUUUUCCAAUUAUAUUUAGUUCCGCUACGGCUUUUCCCUUGGGCGGGCUUGUGGGUUAUUGGGGUUGGUUUGCUAUUGGGUUAUUCUUCAAUUACUUUAUCUUUCAAAAACAUAAAAAAUGGUGGGCGAGAUAUAAUUAUGUUUUAUCAGCUGGACUUGGUGUUGGUUCUACAUUUUGUGUUGUUCUACUCAGUGUCUCUCUUCAAUUUCAAGACGUAUAUGGAGUGAAUUGGUGGGGGCUGGACAAUGAUCAUUGUCCGUUGGCAAAAUGUCCCACAGCGUCGGGCGUUGUUAUUGAAGGAUGCCCUGUAAUCAAGUGAUUGUAUUUAUCAUUAAAUUCAAAUAAUUUAAUGUACUCCUGAUGGAUGGAAGAGAAAAAGUAGUGUUAAUUCUAAUUCUGCGUGUUCUAUUUGAUAA